GGCAACAGCUUGGCGCCAAGGCACGGAGUUGACGUCAACGGAGUCAGUGUUAGGGGCCCCCAAGCAGAGUCUGGAAAAGGGGGAUGGGAUGUGGGUGUGAAGGGAUGCAGCCCCCCCAAAAGAAAUCGGGGUGAAUCAGAAAUACCUACUAAUGAUGCCCCAAUGCAAAACCUGAGAAGAGAGAGAGGGAAAAACGACAAGCAUAUAUUUGUCUAAAAUCGGGAAAAAAGAAAAACCAUGAAAAAUCGAGACAGAAACACAUACGUUGAGGUCUAACCACGAACGAUAAAGGUGGAAGAAAGGACUUUUCUGCCUGCAACACCCAAGCACUAAGCUAAUUUCCUUAAUAAACGAAGAGCUAUUGGAAACCAACAAGGGAAGGACAAAAGCAAAGCAAAAAAGGGGGCAAAAGAGACCGCAAGUCACAGGACAAUGCAAAUGGCUGGAAGAAUCUUGACCUGACUGUCUGCAUAGCGAAACGCCAACCUGAGAUACCGGGUGAAGGCGGUUUAUGGCAGCGCGCUGAAUCGCAUGUGGUCAACCAUCAUUGCGUGAAUCCACUGCAUAGAAUAGCAAGAAAUUGCGAGGAGAGCAAGCAGGUAGAUUACCAAGCCUGCCUCUGAUAGAAGACAUUCCUAUGUCACCAGGAAAAAUAACGGAGGUAUCGCUGCCAUAAAGGACCUGGAUCGGAAUAGAUCCCAAUGAAAUAAAACCCGUUGCCGAAGUUUGUAGAAACGAAAUGCGUACAGUGCCAUUUUCCUGAGGCUAUAUGACCUGUGAUACCAUAACAGGCUGAAGGCUCAAGCAAAUGAAAAUUCCAGCUGUUCCCUAUCAAGUCUGACACCGAAGACAUUUGCCGAGAUGUAAAACGAUGCUACCAGAAGAGAGCUUCAAUUGGAUCUUCAGCAGGUGAUGCCAUCUUGUCCAGGGGCUCUUUUGUCUUGCACUGUGGACACUCAGCACUGGAGAAUUCUUUGCUUUCUCUGUGUCACAUGACCGACACACAACUGCAGAAGACCUGGGGAGGAGGCGCCAUCCCUACCCCUAUCUGAACAGAGGAAGGGAGACCCCCAACAGCUGGGUUGAAUCGCUUGCCAACGUCAGAGAACAAGACUUACUGAAGAAUUUCUCCCUCUUGGUGACUGAGUGACUGGUCUGCAGCUGCUGCCGCUGGGCAGGGCGGCCAGUUCUGUCCCCUGCUGCCUGCCUGCCAGCAGAAGCCCCGGGCGGGUCAGAAGCAGUUUGACAUACCGCAGCGGCCAACACAGCUGUUGAGGGGGGAUUAGCUGCAGGGAAAGCCGAUCCAGUGACAAAUGGUUUAGUUUUGACAUUGGACUCCUGUUUUAGUGAAACCCAAGAGUCCCUAGCCACCUGGAAGAACUAACAGUUCAUCCUUUUGUAAAUUUGUGCCAUGCCAAGAAGUGGUGGCUCACUUCUUUAACUCCAGCCCUUGGGAGCCAGAGGCAGACAGAUCUCUGAAUUCAAGGCCAGCUUGGUCUACAGAGUGAGUUCCAGGACAGCCAGAGCUCUACAGGAAAAACCUCAUCUCAAAGGUCUUGGAGGUGGAACUUACAUCGUCACACUUGGCUGAAGGCUCCUUUAUCCUCUGAGCCACCUCACUGGCCCCACAAAUCCAGUUAAGAGCCUGCAGCCGGACCGUGAGCCGCCGUGAGCCGCCUUCUACGGCCGUGAUAUUCCUAAAUAGAAACUUGGGACUUGGGUCUGCGUCUGGAAUCUGCAAUCAGAAAGCCAGCACUUACAACUUUGGCGACUCAACCUCAUAUUGCGACUGUCUCAUUUGCGUGAGAGACUAGAGGUUGGCAGAAACUUCCAUUGUCUCAGCCUCACCAGUGAAAAGAGCAGAAGCCCCGGAGCCCAACGCCACAGCAUUUUACUUCUGAUUGUGCAUGCUUUUUUGUGAAGAAAGAAUGGCUCACCUAAAGAUAAAUGGUUUGGUCCAGAUCCGCAGCACAAACAGGAGCAAGCACACCAGGGCAUCUCAGUGGAAGGAAGCAGUCAUCGAAAUAGUAGAAAGAAAACAGAAAGUUAAUCUGGUGGUUUCUUUCAAGUUGGAAGAAAGGAGAAGGGUGUUUCAGCUGGGUGAUAAUGUUACAGGCGUAGUGGUUAGUGGUGAGCUGGGACUGUAUCAUCUGGAUUUAACUUUGAGAGACGACACAUCCUUACUCAUCGACAAGUUAUCCUCUGCAGAUGUUGAACAUUUGAAGUCAUUCCUGGAUUCGUCUACUCCAUGUGAGUCCCAGCAACCCAUGGAGCCCAUGAGUAGUCAGGAUGACCUUGAAAGCAGUGAUCCAUUUUGCGGGGAGCACCAGGAGGCAGCCUGUGGAUCCCUGAAUACCACUCCAGAAAGUGGGACACCACUGUCCCGCAAGAUGCCACUUUCUAUGUCAAACACCACGGGCGGCCAAAAGAGAGGAGAAAAACAAGGCAGAAAGAGGAAGACAGAACCAUCCUCCUCCAGCGCAGAAGUGAACAAGGACAUUCCCAAAGAAAAUACUCCUGACCAAAAAAAGAAAUCCAGGCGAUAUUAUUCCAGGAACAGAGGCGGCAAAGCAGAGAAAGCUGUGACCUUAAGAGAACAAGAAAAGCGUAGCAAUUGGAAACUUGAACCUGCUUUCAAUUCCAAAUCCUAUGGAAGGGCUAACCUGGAUGGCACUAUCCUUCCAAUCGCGACAUGCUCUGAUGACAGAGAUGUAUCAAUAUUUGGACUGGAGAUCAUAACACAUAAUGGAGUCCAAUCUCUUCCUGACCCUUACCUAAAUCAACUAAAACGUGAAGGCUUCCCAAACUUGGGAAAUACUUGUUACAUGAAUUCCAUUUUGCAAUCUGUCUUUGGGAUUCCAACCUUUGCAAAGGACUUACUCACUCAAGGCAUCCCAUGGGAGAAAGUCUCCUACGAUGACCUUAUCAUGCCCUUAAGCCAGCUCCUUGUCUUGAAAGACAUUCGGGAUGUAGAGAUCAAGGGGGAGUUACUCACCAGUGUAAAGAAGUCCAUUUCCACAGUUGCAGACACAUUCUCGGGCAAUGAACAGAACGAUGCCCAUGAGUUUUUAAGUCUGUGUUUAGACCAGCUGAAACUGAACAUGGAAAAAGUAAAUGCCAUGUGGGAUACUGAGAGGAGAAACACAUGUGCUGGGUCUGCUGGCACCAAAAGGUUUGUUUGUCCCGUUGGAGCUAAUUUUGAAUUUGAGCUGCAUAGCUCCAUCAUCUGUGAAGGCUGUGGUGAGGCUACUAUCAAAACCGAAGUGAGUAAUUACCUCUCCAUUGACCUGCACCAUGGGACAAAAACACACCCUCUAUCAAUUCAAAAGUCUUUUGAUCUUUUCUUUACACCAGAAAAAAUUGAGCAUAACUGUGAGAAAUGUAAGAACAAGAAUUCUGUUCUCAAGUACACAUUGAGGAGACUCCCCAGGGUCCUCAUUGUUCAUCUGAAACGCUACCAAGUUACCACUGACUUGUUGCCAGUGAAGAGUGAGCAGCCAGUUGAGAUUUCUAAGUAUUUAAAUAUAUCUUCCCACUGCCAUGAAAACAGGAAGCUACCAUUUCCCUUGGCUAAUACAUCCCCAGAUGUCUCUCAAGGGAUGAUGCCUGGGAUCUUCAACCAGUCAAUGUUAUCUAAGAAGGUGAUUUCAGAAUCCUGUGACCCCAUGGUUCUACAGGUUGGAUCCAGUGUGGAUGCUGAAAUACAAAGCUUCCAGAUAAUGUAUGAGGAUGAAGAUGCAAGUGAGGAGCAGCAGCAGAGAGGCCUGGAAAGUGGCUCCAUGCUGGAGCCAGAACUAGUGAAGACAGAAAACCGGAUACUCAGACAAAAGACAUCACUAGCAACUGACUCAAUGAUGGGUGACGGAUACAGCUUCCUUCCUAUGCUCUGUGAGCCUCUGAGCAUCCAAGAUCCAGGUCUUGCAGAGAUGGGUCUUCAAGAGGUUCCAGAGAAUCCAGAAUUUAAGAACUAUGAGAAAAUUAACAUAUAUGGAAAGUCAGAUGGCCGCACUAACACUGAGUUGUCAAAACUCUACCAGAAUCAUGGAAGUCGAAUCAAGGGUUUGUUCCUACCGGCAUCCCUUGCAAGUGUUAGUUCUCAGGAAGACCCAGAGAAGGACCUGAGUAGGUCUCCAGAAUUGCAGGAAGAUGACCCACAUUCCUUUGCAUUUGGUUCUGAUGAUUCCAAAGAUGGGGAGAUGGGAGAUGAUCUUCAGAAUUACAGGCUCGUCAGUGUGGUCAGCCACUUUGGGAGCUCCCCAAAUUCAGGCCAUUACGUAAGUGAUGUGUAUGACUUUCAAAAGCAAGCCUGGCUCCUUUACAGUGAUGUCCAAGUGUUCGAGAGUUCAGAUCCCUCCAUUCAGGAGAACAGGCUAAACAGCGGAUACAUCUUCUUUUACAUGCAUAAUGAGAUUUUUGAGGAACUGUUGAAAAAGGCAUCUGAGUGCAAGGUCCUUAGCACAUCUAAGGAGGAAAAGAGGGACAUAGAUUACUUCUCAACAUUGCUUAACGGCCUUACAUACAUCCUGGAAGAAUUCUAAAUCCUGCCUAAAAUGAAGAAGAGUCACAUAGCUCAAGAUGAAAACUUGACAUAAAACAACGAACGGACAUAAAACAACGAACGGACAUAAAACAACGAACGGACAUAUUAGAACAGAAACACAGGCCUUGCUGAUGCAGGCUAUGCACCAUUCUUUCCUAUAAGGCUAAAUGGUGCUUUUCCUGUUUUGUGGUGGUUUUAAUUUAUUCACAGAUGUUAAGAAAACUCAUCAUUUUGAGAGUACCAUUUGUUAACGUAAUAGGGAUCUGGAGAGAUGGUGGAGUAGUUGAGAGUGCAAACUUCUCCCAUAGAGGACCCAAGCUUGACUUCCCAAUACCUGUGUUAGGUGUGAGCGCAUGUGUCCUUGGAGACAGGAGGCAUGGGAUCACCCGGAAUGCGAAUUACAAGUGAGAGUGAGCUGCCUGGCUUGGGUGCUGGGAACUGAACUUAGGUCUUCUGCAAGGACAGUUUCCACUUUUAAACACUAAGCCAUCUCUUGGCUUUCAUUCUAAUUUUAGUGUGUGUGCUAUCCGUAUGAGCAAAGCAUGAUGCUUUUUAAACGUUGUUCUGAACCAAUACAACACAGCAAGGAACCAAUUACAAGUUCAAAUGCUGGGGUUCAAUGUCAGAAACAAUACCAGUAGUUACUUAAAAGUUUGAGAAACAUUUAUUUAGUGUGUGGAGUGUCCUAUUAAAUUUUAGUGUAUAUAUAAAUCGCUCAUGUCAUCCAGAGGUUCCUCAUUUUUUUCCCUAAAUUCAUAUGUGUUGUUGUUUUGUCAAUUUAUUAAAACCAUUGUUUUCCAUGUGUGUUUGUGAUUCAUCGAUGAGAUCAUAUAGUUGCCCACCACCUGGUUUUGUGCUUCUCAGAAUUACAGGGUACAUUAAAGUUACACAGGAAAUGAAAUAGAUAGUAUUUGCAAAUUGAAAAGCACUCUAAGGACUCUGGGUAAAAACACCUGCCACCAAGCCCCAUGACCCAACUCUAAUGAGUUGCCCUCUGACCUCUAGGGAAGCUAUCACAUGAACACCCAUAAACAGAUGGAUGAAUAAAAUCUAACUUUCUAAAGGUUUACUCAUUUACUGUGUGUGUGUAUAUAUAUAUAUAUAUAUAUAUAUUAUAUAUAGUGUUCUGCCUUCUUGUAGGCCUACACAUCAGAAGAGAGCACCAGAUCUCAUUAUAAAUGAUUGUGAGCCACCAUGAGGCUGUUGGGAAUUGAGCUCAGGACUUCUGGAAGAACAGCCAGUACUCUUAACCCCUGAGCCAUCUCUCUAUCCCCUAAAAUUUGUUUUUUUUUUUUUUUUGAAAUCUCACUAUAUGGCUGGCUUGGGACUUUGUAUAGAUCAGGCUACCCCUAAACUCAAGAGAUUUGCCCUGCCUCUUGGGUGCUGGUAUUGAAGAUCUGCACCACCAUGCCUAACACAAUGAGAAUUUAAAAGCACUUUAAAGUGCCAAAUAUACUUGUUAAGAUUUAAAUCAGGAUUGACAUGAGAAAAUGGGGUGGUUCAAGGUAGAGGAUAAGUGUUAGACUGUCCUGCAGGUGAGAGCUUCGUUAGAAAUAGUAAUACCACAAACGGCAGAGUGGGAUUCUAAAGAGAGAACCUUCAGCUCAGAAGAGAAAGCAAGGUUCCCCUUAAUUUCCAAGAGCCCCAUGCCAUAAAGCAGUUAAAGAGCAGCGCAUGCUUUCCCCUGGUUCUGGGCUGCAAGGGGAAGGCAACAAUAAGUUGGUGUCACUGUCUACAUGGUGUGUAGCUUGAUCUGAGACACCAACACCACAUCUAAUAGUGAUUCAAACAUGAAAAAAUUAGUCACUUUCAAGGGUCUAGGGAGAUAGUUCAGUAGGUAAGGGUCAUGUGCAAGCAUGGGGACUUGAGUUCAAAUCCCCAGCACCCACUUAAGGUGGUCAUGGGCAUAGAUGGCCAUGACUGUAGCAUUGGACAGCAAAGGCAGAUUCCAGAGCUCACUAGCCAACCAGCAGCCAAAAUGGUAAGAGUAUGGCUCAGUGAGAUUGUAUUUAAAAAUGGAAAGUGGAGGAAGACAGCACUGGGUGUCUUCUGGCUUUCACAUGUGCAUGCAUCCGUGUGCAAACCAUCAUACAAGUGUUAUUCCCCAAAUUCCUCUUCGGGCCCGGAGAAAUGAUUAAGAUUACUUUCUCCUCUUUCAGAGGCCCCAGGUUCAAUCCCUAGUAUCCACAUGGGUUCACACCAUCUGUACCUUCAGUUCCAGAGGAUCAACUGGCCUCUUCUGGCUUCGUAGUACGCAGACAAAACACCUAUAUGUAUUAAAAACAUUGCUUCAAUUUUUACCUUCAAAGGGGUACCAUAUAUUCAUAGCCUGUGGCUAGUCUUAAAAAGCUUAUAACAUUCACAGUGUUAAUAUACUAUAUAAGAGCAUGUACAAAAGUUUAGAACAUUUUGAGGUUAUGAGAAAACUACUAGUUGGAGAGAGAGAUGCUCAGGCUUAAGAGCACUGGCUGCUCGUCCAGAUGGGCCCAGGUUCAGUUCCCAGCACCCACACGGCAGCUCACAACUCUCUAGAACUCUAGUUCCACGUGAUCUGACACCCUCACACAGACAUGCACGCACGCAAAACAUCAAUGCACACAAAGUAAAUGUAUAUAAAUUCGUUAAAAAGAAAACAUCUAAUUUGGGUUGGUGAAAUGGCUGAGCUGUUAAGAACUCUGGGAGCUUUUUCAGAGUUCCUGAGUUCAAUUCCCAGCCACUAUAUGGUGGCUCAGGACCAUCUAUAGAGGGAUCUGAUGCCAUCUUCUGGUAAGUAGGUAUACAUGCAGACAGCACUCCUACACUAAAUAAAUAAAUUAAUUAAAUACUAAAAGCCUGGUAAUUUAUAAAAUAUAAGGCAAAAUUAAGUGAGGGUGAUUCGGGGGAAAAGAUUAGUCUAGGACAGGAGUUCUCAGGUUGUGGGUUGCUAUCCCUUUGGGUGGGGGUUAAAGGACCUUUUCGCAGGAGAUCACAUAUGAUAGGCAGUAUGUUGAGAGCAAGCAAAAGAAACUUACUUUAAAUACUUCCACUUCAUUUUCAGACUCCAUUGAAUCAUAGGGAGAAACUAAGUUCAAGCUCCCAGGCCGUAGGGAAGCUGGGGACUUCCCAAGAGCUGAGCAGCUUCUAUUAUGGGGAAACAGUUGUCUGAGUUCAAACAGCUCAAGAACAACUCCAUCUUGCUGGCAGAGUCAUACAUACUAAGUUCAUGUUCCCAGGUCCAGGAACCUACUCCUAACCUGUUUGGUGAAAACUCCCUUGCUCAGCCCCUUGUGUCAAAAUAUGGUAGAGUAAUGCUACAGCCUACCCCGUCCCCCUCGAGUUGUGGUCUUGUCCUUUAAAUAAAUAUGUUGUACAAUUUCUCUUCUGGUCGCAGUUCAGCUUCUGAGUCUGUUCUUUGGCUAUGAUUGAUCAGUAGUGGCUUAAUUACAAUAAAUGUUUUUCAUCUGCAUUGA